GAUCUCCUCCUCUGUUUAAAUAGACUUGCGGUGUCAAUCAUUUUCUUCUUCGUCAGCCUCCCUUCCACCGCCAUAUUGGGCAACUAAAAAAAGGGGGCUCGUCUUUUCGGGGUGUUUUUCUCCCCCUCCCCUGUCCCCAGAGCCUCGCCGCUCCGCGACUCCGACGCCGCCAAGGUUUGGAGAGCCGCUCGGUUGGCGGGACCCGCGGGCUCGCAGCAGCCCGGGACCUGGACUGGCUUUGCCACCCCCCUCCUCUCUCCUCUCCCCUCCCCUCCCCGCCCUCCCGCUCGCCGGUACACUUGAGCGGCGGCGGCUCGGCUGCCUGGCCGGGGCUUCCCCUCACCCCUCCCCCAGAGCCAGCGCGCCCCUGACGCUCGGGCAGUUACUUGUCCGUGUUUGUUUCUCUUGGCUCGGAGCGCAGUCGCAGGGCUUAUAAGAGGGGUUCGGGCUGGGUCGGGGCGUUUUGUUUUGUUCAGUUUUGUUUUCGGAGAGCGCGCGCGAGGCGGUUGUAGAGACCCGGGAGGAAGAUGUCAAACGUGCGAGUGUCUAACGGGAGCCCGAGCCUGGAGCGGAUGGACGCCAGACAGGCGGAGUAUCCCAAGCCCUCCGCCUGCAGGAACCUCUUCGGCCCGGUCAACCACGAAGAGUUGACCCGGGACUUGGAGAAGCACUGCAGAGACAUGGAAGAGGCAAGCCAGCGCAAGUGGAAUUUUGAUUUCCAGAAUCACAAGCCCCUGGAGGGCAAAUACGAGUGGCAAGAGGUGGAAAAGGGCAGCUUGCCCGAGUUCUACUACAGACCCCCGCGGCCACCCAAAGGCGCCUGCAAGGUGCCGGCGCAGGAGAGCCAGGAUGUCAGCGGGAACCGCCAGGCGGUGCCUUUAAUUGGGUCUCAGGCAAACACAGAGGACACACAUUUGGUAGACCAAAAGACUGAUACAUCGGACAACCAGACGGGGUUAGCGGAGCAGUGCCCUGGGAUAAGGAAGCGACCUGCUACAGAUGAUUCCUCUCCUCAAAACAAAAGAGCCAACAGAACAGAAGAAAAUGUCUCAGACGGUUCCCCGAACGCGGGUUCAGUGGAGCAGACGCCCAAGAAGCCUGGCCUGAGAAGACGUCAAACGUAAACUCCUCGAAUUAAGAGCAUGUUUCCUUGUUUAUCAGAUACAUCACUGCUUGGUGAAGCAAGGAAGAUAUAAAUUAAAAAUUUUAAAUACAUAUCGCGGACUCCAUGGAGUGGACAUCCUGUAUAAGCACU